AUGGCGGAGGUAAAUUUGAAUAAAAACGUCCCUUUCGAAGAAAAUGAGACUUUAGAGCCCAUAAAUGGCAAUGGCAAUAAGGAGGCCGCCGAACAAUCUAAAACUUUGCAAAACGAUGAAGAUGACGACAAAGACAUUGCAAAGAAAAAAAAGAAGAAAAGUAAAAGCAAGAAAAAGAAAGCACUGCAGGAGCAGACUAAUCCACAAUCUAUGCAAGCGCAGACUGAUCCACCGUCUAUUCCUGUUGUUGACCUGUUCCCAUCUGGGGAGUUUCUUGAGGGUGAAAUUCAACUGUACAAAGACGAUAACCUGUGGAGGUCUACCUCUGAAGAGAAGAGGGAGUUGGAACGCGUUGAAAAACCAAUGUAUAAUUCGGUUCGUCGAGCAGCUGAAGUUCAUCGCCAGGUUCGGAAAUACAUCAAGGGAAUUUUAAGGCCUGGAAUGUUGAUGACUGAAUUGUGCGAGACUUUGGAGAACACAGUACGGAAGUUAAUAUCCGAGAAUGGUCUGGAAGCAGGCAUUGCUUUCCCCACGGGGUGCUCUUUGAAUUGGGUUGCUGCUCAUUGGACCCCAAAUACGGGCGACAAGACAGUGCUUCAGUAUGAUGAUGUAAUGAAAUUGGAUUUUGGAACUCAUGUAGACGGAUGUAUAGUUGACUGUGCAUUUACAGUAGCGUUCAAUCCAAUGUUUGAUCCACUGCUUGAAGCCUCGCGUGAAGCAACAAAUACGGGUAUCAAGGAGUCUGGAAUUGAUGUGCGUCUUUGUGAUGUUGGUGCUGCAAUCCAAGAAGUCAUGGAAUCGUAUGAGGUUGAAAUCAAUGGAAAGGUGUAUCAAGUUAAAAGUAUCCGAAACUUGAAUGGACAUAGCAUUGGACGUUAUCAAAUUCAUGCUGGAAAAUCUGUUCCUAUUGUGAAAGGAGGGGAGCAGACGAAAAUGGAAGAGGGUGAAUUUUUUGCAAUUGAAACUUUUGCGUCAACUGGGAAAGGUUAUGUCAGAGAAGAUCUAGAGUGCAGCCAUUACAUGAAAAAUUUUGAAGUUGGCCACAUCCCAUUGAGGAUGCCCAGGGCAAAGCAAUUGCUAGCAACAAUUAACAAGAACUUCUCCACUUUGGCCUUUUGCAGGCGGUAUUUAGACCGCCUGGGAGAGACGAAAUAUCUUAUGGCGCUAAAGAAUUUGUGUGAUGCUGGCAUUGUCCAGUUGCAUAUGUUACGCUUCUGGACUAAAGCUGAAGUUGCUGGUAGUCAAGUGAAGGAUUUAGAUGUGGCUCCAAAAACUCAAAGCAAUUUGGGGCAAAUGAGCAAAGACUCCCUGACUUCCACCAGAGUUAUUUAUGUAGAUGUGUCAGAUUGUAAUGCUCAUCUGAACUCAAUAUAUUACAACAUAGCUUUUGUUAAUAUGCUGCUUUGUUUCACUAUAUCGCUUCCUGCAAUUGGUGCUGAUGAAGAACCUCGUUCAUUUUUCUUAUGGCAGCCUUAUCCUCCUCUCUGUGAUGUUAAAGGCAGUUAUGUAUCCCAGUUUGAGCAUACCAUUUUGCUUCGGCCAACCUGCAAAGAGGUCGUAUCCAGAGGUGAUGACUACUGA